UAUGCGUAAUAUUGUGCACUUUCUUUAAAUGCCUUGUUGUCAAGCCAUGUCCUCCUGACCAUUUUAUACGUAACUUGUAAGAAACACGGGUUACACAAAAAUUACGAAUAUAAUUACUUUGCCUAACCAACCUAAAAUAAAAUGUGGAAAUAUAUCAUAUUUUUUCCGGUACUUGUUAAUCACCUGUGGCUAAUAAAGUGUCAAAGUUCUCAUAAUCUUUCCCAUUUACUCAUCAACGCACCAGUUCGCUACGUCCGCGGCGUUUUUGAAAUACCAGAACCACCCACGAGACUUCCCAUCAUCUACGAUACGUAUUUCGCAAUUAUGUUUGAAGUGAAAAUGCCAAAAUGGGGAAUUCAAAAUUUUAACAAUAAUUGUGAAAAUGGAAGGAAUAGUGGGGACGACGUCCUACUAAAACUUAAUCCUUUGCUAAAUUUACUCAACAAUCAUGGGAAUAAAAAAUUAGAUAUUAUCGAUUCGGACCAUACAGUUGAGCACAACGAUGGUCCCCUCUUAUUCUCAAAGAAUAUAUCUUCUGCUACCUUGGAUCACAAACAUUUCUGGUUUUACUGCCGUGAAAUCAUCCCCCACUUUGCGACAUUUCACACGACUCGUCCCAAACUAAAAGAUUACUACAAAUUCAUGAACAAGUGCGAAACUGAUAUCGUCCGAGUCAAGAUUAAUUCCACCAACGAGCCAAUUUCAUGUACCAAAAACGGCACCGAUAUUUUCACCCAAAUUCUCGAAUCUCACAAAUUUACUCAAGCCGUCCAAAGCUGUCGACAGGGUCAGAUUCCUUGGACCUUGAUUCCUCGCGACCUACUCGCCUCCACCAUUCAAGAAAACCUUCACCUUGCCGACUACCAAUUUGCUAUCCCACUUCACGAAAUAUCCAAAUAUUAUACCCUCCCAUUAUCAGAUUGUCUCUUUAUUGACGACGACGUCCUCCUCGCCAGAGUCUUAAUCCCGACCAGAUUUCAAGCCAAGGACAAAAUGCUCAAUCAGUACAAAAUGGUACGCUUUGAACCCAUAAUAUUCCACCGGGAUGGCGAAUUUUGCUGGAUUGAUGGCCUCAGGGACAAGAGGUUCGUUCCGGAUAGCGUAUUUCCAGGAAAUCUUCACUUGACCUACUGUUCCGACCAGGAGCAGAAAUUAUGUCGCGUGCAGGUGAAUCAUUUCUCGUCACAGGAUGCCUCAGAUCGAUGUCCACAAGCGUUGUGGGUGGAUGACGAGGACGAAAUUUUGUCAUCAUGUAAAUUAAAUUGCAUUCCUUCAGACAAGCGGCAUUUUCAGUAUCAACAAUACAAUUUCAUGGACACGCCUGACGACACUUUCAUCUACGCUUUGCAGGAUGACGAUGUCGGCGUGAGUGUCAAAUGUGCCAAUGGUUCGCAACGCUUUAACAUGACUGGGUUUAAAUAUGGCGCCUGGAAUGUUACGUUGCCAUGUGGGUGUGAAAUUAAAGGGGGGAAAGUUAUAGAUUUUGAGAUAAGUGCGCCUUGUCAUGGUAAUUUUUUCGUGGAGAAGAUAAUCCCUUAUCAUUGGAAAAAUGGGACAAAUAAUGAAAAUAGUGGUGACCAGGAAGUUAAACAAUCUUUACGUUGUGAAUGCCCACACAAUUGUUACAGCGAGCGACAAAAUCUAAUUCUGUGGGGAUUGAGUUUCCUGCUUUGUCUUACAACGUGUAUUUUGAGCUAUUUUGUUGUAAUUUUGAUGAAAUGGAGACGAGAUGAACUCUUUAAGACGAACAGGUUAAUUUACAGUAAUGUCGUGGAAGGUGACGGUGAAAGUAUUGCGUUGGCGGAGCAGUGAUUUUGUAUUGGAAGGGAACAGUAUUAAAUAAUAUUUAUAAUUUUAUCGACAUUUCCGAAAUAAAUUUCCAUUUAAAAGAGUA